AUGGAGUUUCGUUCCGAUUUAGAAAAUGUAGAUGAAGAUGGAUAUACUCAAUUAGUCUUCAAAUCUCGAGUCACCACCAGAACACGUGUGUUAUCAGAGAAAGGAACCGGUGCUGCAUCUCCUCCUUGGCGUCUCGUGGCUGUGACUUUGGGAAUCCUGUGCUUGGUAAUACUGGUGGUAGCUGUGGUCCUGAGUGCCCUUGCUUUUCAGAGAUCCAAUUCAGGGAGCCAACCAUUGAAGAAUGACAACUUUCCAUCAAGAAAUAGAGAAAACCACAAUCAACCCACAAAAUCAUCUUUAGAAGAGAGUGUGGCUCCUACCAAGGCCCUCAAAACCACAGGGAUCUUUUCCAGCUCUUGUCCCCCUAAUUGGAUCAUGCACGAGACAAGCUGUUAUUUCUUUAGAACAUCACUAGAUACCUGGAAUGGAAGUAAAAGACAAUGCUCUCAACUGGCCUCUCAUCUCCUGAAGAUAGACAGCUCAGAAGAACUGGAAUUUAUAGAAAGAGAAAUGUCUUUCCAACCCGCUCAUUCAUUUUGGAUAGGGCUGUCUCGUUCCCAGAGUGGGAGCCCGUGGCUCUGGGAGGAUGGAUCAACAUUCUCUUCUAACUUGUUUCAAAUAAGAAGCACAGCUACCCGGGAAAACUCAUCUCACAAUUGUGUAUGGAUUCACAUGUCAGUCGUGUACGACCAACUCUGCAAUGUGCCUUCAUACAGUAUUUGUGAGAAGCAACUGUCACUGUAAGGUCGAAAGGGUGGGGGAGAGAAGUAGAUGAGAUAGUAAGGAGAGCAGAAAACAGAACA